AUGAGGGGGUUGAACAUAAACGAAGGAGGUUCAGGUUCUUCGAUUGUUAAUCUUUACGCAACCUCAGAACCAAAUGGAAAAGGUGUUCAACUGAAGACUACUAAUGAAGAGAAAAAGAGACUUCAAGAGCUUGAAGUUGAGAGAAUGAAUCCCCUUAACAACAUUAUGAGAAUAAGAGCAAAUGAACCUGAUGGUCUUGACAAGGGAGAUCCAAAUAAGGUGUGGCGUUAUGAAACAAUUGAGACUAUGGCUUAUGGCGAAGUUGAUGCGUUGAGAAAAGGACAAAGAAAAGCUACGACAUUGAAGAAUCAGAUUUUAAUUAGUGGGAUUUCCAUUCAAUCAUUCAAUGUUCACAUUUUCUCAAUUCAAGCAUGUUGA